AUGGAACCUAUUUUUCCUCUACUAAAACUUCCCAAGAAUGUCAUCAUCCAAGUGCUCCAAAGCACGGAUGGCAAUGAACUAUUUAUCAUCUCCCUAAUCUCAUCAAAAACCAAACGACUUGUGACAUCAUUAGGCAUAGAAGCUCGUGAAAUUGGCAUCAGCAUUUAUUGUAAAAUUAGUGUACUUGUGCGCACUACAAAAUUUCGUUUGACUCUAGACGUUUAUGACGCUUCGAGCUAUCUACCAGUAGACAUUACUCUUCCAGUUGCUGCUUACUUCGAAUACCAAAAACCAAUCAAACCAUCCACUCCAUUCAAUUUCAGCGAUUGGUUGAAUCAUAUUCAGACAGUAUUCUGUUGGACUAAACCAACGAAUGUUUAUUUUUGUCAAGGUUGUGAGCGCUUUGAAGUUAAAUACUUGAACGAAGCAAUUGGAAAUGUCAAUACGCUGUUUCUGACUGGACUAGUGACUGCCAAUGCGAGCAGGAAAAUUUUGAAACACUUCAAUUCCCCAAGAGAAUUGGUUUUGUUUCAGAAUCCAUUUGGAGAAGUUUGUCAGAUUCAACAAAUCUUUAUUCAAAAUUUCGACAUUAUCGAUUUCGAUGCCGUUUACUCAUUAGACGACAUGCUAUUGGUCAACAGUGAAAAAAUCGAUUUCACCCGUCCAACAACCCAAAAACAGUUCAACAAAUUCCUUAAACACUGGAUACGUGGAUCGAAUCCAAGACUGCAAUUCUUGUCACUAAUUAUCGAUGCGACCGAAACUGUCGACGGAGAAAUCUACUUGAAAGGAAUCAAAUGCAUCGGCAUGAGAGAAGAUGCAAAAAGAGAAAUCCGUCGAAAGCACAGUCUGUCAGUUAAUGUUGAUAUGAUUCAGAUCAGACGGAAAGACGGGACAGCUGCAGUUAUUGCAACCGAAAAAUCAGAGAACAUCCACUUCAUUGUUUUGGACUGA